UCGAAGAAGUAUGGAGUCUGGACGCUCAGACUAUGGAAGAACUAAAGCAUGUGUUUCAAGCUUGGCAGUUUUACAAUGGAAGUUCCGGAUCACACCCGGAUGCAGAUUUAAGCAUUGAUGAUACUGUUUAUUUUGCAAAACAAGGUUUAGCAAUUACCAACAGUGAUCUUCUUCGUUCCGUCCAUAACAGCUUUUCUCGAUCUGAUCCGUUCAUUAUAGAUUCAUCUGAAUCAUCCUCGACUGAAAAAGAAGACAUCUUUCAUUUUAUCUCAUAUGUUCCUGUACACGGUGCUCUUUACGAGUUAGACGGCCUUAGUAACGGCCCUGUAAAUUUAGGCCCAUGUACUGAUGAUGACUGGCUAGAAAAAGUUCGUCCCGUAAUACAAGAACGUAUGGCACGAUAUGCCUCAGCUGAAAUUCGAUUUAAUUUAUUAGCCCUUAUCAAAAAUCGUGAAGAU